CUUUGCGGCUCCGGGGUCACCACAAGCCAGAAAGAGCGACGGUGCUGUAGAAAAAAAUUCGUGUGAGGUUGGUGGUUGACAAGGGUAGCAACGUGGGAUUUAGACUCGAAAACCAAGAUCCUUGUUUUGAUACAGUGCUUAGUAUGGUUUAGGACCCUGAUGACAGCUAUGCCAAAGUUAUAGUGCUGUGUGGUGCAGUACGAGAUUAAGAUGAAUGCAGAGAGCCCGGAGACGAGCAAAGAGAAAGACAACUUUGUGCCAGAUUAGCCCUCAGAGAUAUUUUACACUUUGAGGAGGAUAUAGUCUACCAACUCCUACCAGAUAGUUUAGGGAAAAGGGACUCGGAUGGUUUGCAUUAGUGAAAUAUAUAUAAGUUGACCACAAUUUUUGCGUAAGGAAAUCAUUCAGACGAGGCAAAGGCAAAAUGGAAAGUCCCGGGUUUAUGAACUCUUUGACCCAGGACAUCCUGGUCACGUGCAUCCUGAUGGGCCUCAUCGCCGUGGUGGGUCUGAUUGGGAACGCUCUGAUGAUGAGAGCUCUGGUCCGCUACCGUGUUCUGCGCAGUGACUUCUACAUUGUGUUCGGCGCACUGAGCAUCGCGGACUCGCUGUUCCUCGUCAUCAGUGUCCCGGCGCUCAUCAUCGACAUGGUGGAGGCCAAGGACGUGACCACCACGGGCUGGUGCAAGACCAGCCACUACCUCAUGAACGCCUUCGGCUUCGUGGCCGCCUUUCUCAUCGUGGUGCUCGCCAUGCUGAGGGGGAUCCUGCUGACCAACCGUAACACCAUCAGCCGGCCGCAACCGAUGCACCUGCUGAUCGUCUGUGUGGCCGUUUUUGUGCUUGCCAUCCUCUCUUCCAUCCCGAUCACGAACAUUUACUCGGCGAACGAGGGCUACUGUAUGGUGGUGGACUUGGAGAACAUUGUGCAGGAGACCUGGCUCAUUAAUUCCUUCGCGUCCUUCAUCCCGUUAUUUUUGGUGUUUGUUAUUUACCUUAUGACUUACCUGCUCGGGAAGAGGUACUUCUCGGACAGUUAUUCGCCAAGGGAGAAGGAGCGCUCUCGACUGGUCAAUUCCAUUAUCGUUGCGUUCAUCAUCUGCCAGCUCCCGUAUCGUAUUGUAUCGAUCUACGAGAUGUACAUCACGCACGACGACCUGGAGGAAAUGGAGAGAAUGUACACUAUAAAGAACUACCUCAUGUGCCUCGUGAUGGCAGACAAAGCCGUCAGGCCCGUGCUUUACUCCAAACUUGCCUCCGACCUCAGCGAAGUAUUCGAUGAAGUCAUUAACUGCACGUACUGCCACAAACAUUAUUCUAUGGCGCCCUCUUUUGACAACGCUUAUUCCAUCGCUGGGUCGACCUGUGGCGGCGCUGGAUGUGCGGGGAGUUUUAACGGCGCAUGGGGAGACAGAGCUUCAUUGUGGAGCGGCACUGGUGGUGCGUCUGGCCUUGUGUCCACCGUGUCUGUUCCCGAGUCAGAAGCUGCCAUCUCUCAUUCAGCGGCCACCUCUCAUUCCGCGGCGGCGGCGGAGCUCGGAGACAGCCCCUCGCGACAGUUUGACCGGGCGGUGUCCACAUCCUCCUCCAGUUCGGCCACGUCACAAACACCGCUGGUCAAAGUCACCCGAGCGGACAGCAUAGAGAUGUCGUGAUGUCCCCGAACUUUCUGUGACGCCUUUUUUAUUUUUAAGGUACCACGCUCUUUUUUUCUCUCUCAUGUGCUUCUUUCCUCACACCACACAGAAAUAAAAGUUUUUGUGAGAGAAGAAAAAAAAAAGGCGUGGGCAUUAAUCAUGCCUGUAUUUCAAACCAUGUGAAGUACAUGUACAUGGAAAUUUUGACCAGCUUGUCACAGUGAUCUGGUAGAUUGUUAUCCUCUCAUCUCUGGAGAUGAAAGGGACUUUUUAUCUGAGUUGUUUCAACUCAAGACUGGUUUCGACUGUGAAAAAUUGUUUCUUCUGAAAAGUCUUUCGUUGCGUAAACAUUUCUUUUUUUCUGUGUGGAUCUACAAAAAGCUUCAGAUUGAAAUCACGAUACCAGCAGAAAAUGUUUUGAAAUUGUACAAAGAUAUUAUUCUGCUGUGAACAAGCAGCUGAUGUAUAGAACUGAGGACAAAAUAUGCAGGGAGACAAGCAGUUUGAAGCCGGGAGUAAACAUUUACUAAAGUCCCUGGUCUUUUGCCUUAGCGGAAGAGUUACCAAAACUAGGUCUUUGUGACUGGUGUAUGUGUCUUAUCACACGGCAUCUGCUUUAGUUUCUCAGUAAAAGUAAACCAAAUCAGCCUGUGUCCCCUAAAAAUCUAGACCCAGCACACAGAUAAUACGAUCAUUGUUUCGGAGUAGUGAGGAGCUCAUAAACUGGUGUGCGGUUAAAGAAGGUCCGCUUUCGUGGUUUGCCAAGACACAGAACCAUAAGGCCUGUAUCCGACGGUUAGGAUAUCGCUGCCUGCUACAAUGUCCAUCUUGGGUAAGAGUAAUAACAGACGUUGGAGGCUGUAUAGAGUAGGCAUAAACUUUAAAGCUGAGUGCCUAGAAAUAUAUUAUAUAUAAUAUACAUACGCUCAUGAGCUGCUUAUUUGCUAGCAUUUCAAAGGUAAUUGUAUGUGAAACUGGACAGUGAUGCCUUUGCGUGUAGGAGGGUAUGCUUUUCUAAAUUGUAUCAGCUCAUUGAGCUUUUAUCUAUAUGAAUAGACAUGUGUCUAAGACUGAGUGUUUUGUAUUACUGUAUGUAUUAUGAAGUAUUGAAGUUUAUUCUGUUUUGAGGUUUUAAAAAAAUGUACAGUAUACUAUUCAUUACAAGGGCUGCCAUUGAUCACAUGUGGAAAUUUGUGAGGAGUACAUUGUACUUAGAUUCCUACACGAAUCUGAAAAAGUAUCAGUACUAUUUUGUAGUCGAAUGUAUUUUCAAAUGGCAUAUGAUUGUUUUGACUGAUGAAAAAAUGGCACAUUGUUGUUUCUCUUCUUUCUGUUUGUUUUUUUCUUUCAAUGGCUCAAACAUGUUACAUAAAGACUGUCUUUCUUCCAAGUGUAAUGAACUUACAUAUGAUACUAUAAUGACACGACAACUUUUUAGUCUCUGUCUGGAGAGCAUUUAUGCGAAUAAUUCGUGACUUUGUUUUCCUCACUGUUUCCCUGGAAAGAUACAAAAAUAAGCAGAUUUGACCAUAAGCUGAAAAUAAAGUUUUCCAUAUAUCGCCUGUACUGGUAACCUAGGCAGCUUGUAAUAAUAUAUGCCUGCAGUGGCAAAGUGAUCGUUUCGUUUUAAACAUUAUCUUUGUUUUUGUUUUGUUUUUCCUCUCUUUACUUUUCUGUUUUCUAAAUUGGCAGCCAAGAUUUCUUUGCAGCUUGUUCUAUCGGGCAUGAAACAGCUCAAACGAUCUUAUAGCUCCAUGUGCCUAAAGUCUUGUGUAGCUAGCUUUUGUGUCAGUACCAGUGAUGCCAAAGUGACUUAUUCAAAACGAAACAAAGCAGCAUUAUUGUGUGGACUGCUUUAUUGCUGUACAAAUGUAGCUCUUGGGUUUUCUGCAAUGGGAAUGAAUGCUUUAUAAUGUCAUGUGUACUGACUUCCCUCUUUUAUGCUUAAGGCACGACAUCAGUUGCUGAUAAUGAAAAUACUUCACCACCUGCGUUUAGCAUGUACUGAAACAAUAAUAAAAGUAGGCAUUAUAUGUAUAGCACGAAGUCCGGCUCAACAGUAAGCUCUAUGCGCUUUACAAUAUUAUUACCUCAGCAGACCUGAUAGCUUUCUGAAAUAAUCUCAACUUCCUGGGAAGCAAACAGUGUAACAUUUGUGACAACAACAACAAUAAACAACAAAACUGACAAAGUAAGACACUGAGUCAAGCAGUUGUGACGAAACAAAUGACAUACUUAUUUAAACUGUCGUACAUAGGGUGUAUGUGCUAUCCAGGCUGUGGGUUAAGAGCAAACGUUUGGGAAAUGUCCCUGUUGCUACACAUGUCGUUCGGCUGCGGAUGGUUAACGGGUGCUCUGCUGGCGUGGUUUGCCUCUUUUUUCCUAUCUAACCAAACAUUUUGUCGUCCUGAACUCUCCUCCUUUUUUGUGUUUGUUGCUCUAUUGUAACUCCUCUAAUCUUCGGCACUUAUAUGACCUCAUUGUGUUGCAAGUGCCGUUAAACUCUAACUAAAACUAAACUAAAGUAGGUCAUCUAUUCACUUGACACGUCCCUGGUUAUUUUCAGGUAAACUGGAUCGCCAGUCGCUACUGAUUGUGUAACAAUGAUACAAAAAACCCCACUAAAAGCAAAAAAAGAACAGUCAAAAAACCAACAAUGAUAAAGGAAAUGCGCCUCUGAUAUAUUACACUCUUCAAGCUGAUACCGCAAAAGUUGACAUUCUAAGGAUUCAAGCUUUUCACCUAUUUUUUUGUUUUGUGCUCCUAUCAAUGAAAGUUGAAUGGAAGACACUAGAAUGUUUUUUUUACGGUGUGCUCUACGUGGCUUCACCCUUGCACUCAAGCCUCUUGCAGCUCAGGCUAACUCAAAAGAAUUGUUUAACAGAUUGAAGCACUUCUUGAAGCGCCCAAUUUACUAACGGGAUGUUUUACGGUGCUUAUUUUACAUUGGCAUAAGCAUAAUAUCAGUUAUGUUUGUACCACAGAUGGCAUUAAUAAGUGAUCGGUGGAUAAAAUUUUGUUUCAGUUAGUGUAGCGUCUGAUUACAAGUUGUUUUUUUUCUUCUCUUUUGUAGUUGACGUUUUUUUAAUGCCCAACAUUUUAGUUCUUUUAUCUCUUGUCUCAGAAUAUUCGGCACUUCAAUGACUUAAUUUUGUUGCAUGUGCUGUAUAACUGUUACUGAAAUAAAAGACUUCUUCCCAUUAGUACAUGAGCUGACACCGAACUUUUUUCUUUUCUAUCUUACUAUCAGUUUUCAGCCCCCAUCAGAGCACAGAAUCUUUUAUGAGGGAUUUUGCUUAGCAAUUUAGAAUUAAUUCCUACACCGACACAGAUGAUAUUAACUUUCAUCUGAAACUCACAUUCUGUUCAGUCAGAUGUAAGAGCAGAGCUGUUACUGAUGCUUUUAAUUUGAAGGUUUAGAUCUAUUCAUAGAUGCUCACUGUAGAGCAGUGCUCUUAUGAUCAGCUGAAAUGUGCCACCUGCUGCAUCAAAUAGCAUUAUCAAUUACUUCAGUGUUUUUCUUCUUUUUUUUAUGUUACAAGAGAUAAUUAUUCUUUUUUUUUAAAGAGUGAGAGAAAAAAAGGCAGGUAAAAUUGCCUUCACUUUCCUAUCAUUUAGCUUGAAUAUGACCUGAGCAAGGUUUGCUUGCAAACAGACACCAAGAUAAAGCAAUAGCUGGGUGGGUUGUUUUUUUAAUUAACCUAAUCUCAACCUUGUCUGAGACAGUAUAUUGCUCUCUGGUAGGAAUAUAAAGAAGUUAUGGAAGUGAAGGGGUUAAAGAAUCCUAUAUAUUAUAGUGUAAUUUGUUUCCCAUUGUGGCAGUCUGAGCUCACAGAUAAGCUUGCAAAAUGAGAGGGUUUGGAGAUUUGAUCUGAAUAGACAGGCAAAAAGCUCAAUGUGUCUUAAUCAAUAGGAAUCAAGCACUCUUGCUUCACUGGCUUGUGUAACUGCUAGGCUUCAAUAGUAUUAUAGUCAGCUAAGAAGUGAAUUAUGAUAACAGGCUACUCUGGGGAUCUAUAUCUUUAUAGUAGGAUCAUGUAGGGUUCUAGGAUUUCAAAAGUAUGACAUAUUGAUCGCUGUUGGUCUGAGGCAUCUGUCUGAAAAGAGCAAGCUAAUAUAAAUGGACAUUUGUCUGCAGCAAUGUUGAGAAUAUUAUUACAUUAUUGCUGAUGUAAAUUUUUCAAAUAUUCUUUCAUUGUGUGUGAAGCGACCGAUAUCAACCGUCAGCUUUUCGCACAGUACUUCAUAAUUCUUACUAGCCCUCCUGUGACUAGAAAACAUUACUGAUCUUCUGAGAGUUAACAAGAGUGUACCACAGGUUAUGUCAGCUCAAAUAACAAUAGAUAUCUUUAACAUAGAAACGAAAUAUCCUUUUUAGGAUAAACGACUUCAGCUUCGUCUGAAGAUUUCACUGUGAAACAUUUUGGACACCACAAAUCCACCCCCCUCUCCCCACGCUGUUUUGGCCACAACUCCAAGUAAUCAUUCCCGUGCCUAUGGUGUUUGUAUUUUGUAUUUUACCGAGAACACGCUGUGCUAUUAUUAAAGCAUUGCUCUUGUUUUGCUGGAUGUAAAUAUUUUCAUGCAAGUUUGAGAGAUGUGUGCUUGAAAGAGAAAAGAAUGUGUCUUCUUAGUCUCUUGUAAAUGUGGUCUUGUAAAAAGGCAGCUGAAGUGUGUUCAGUGUUCACAGCUAAAACCAUUUGAUUGAAGCUGACGAGUAGCAGUAUUUCUGUUGUAAAUAGUGACAUCUUUGAAUUUGAAUCUAGAUCUAAUUGUACUCUAAAGAUCUGGUUCAUAUCUGCUUAUAAUGUUCUGAAACUUGUAAAGUUUCUUUAUUUUGCAUGUUUAUACAUUUCCUACCCUUGGUUCAGUGGUCCUGUCUGUUUAGGUAUUCCAGAGUUUAUUACUAUGACUAGGAUAACAGAAAAGUGAAAGUCUGAAGGUACAUGGCGAAUUCUCGGCGUAUUAAAUAUGGCGGUCAAGUUAAGAGUUACAGCUGUUGUUUUCUCAGGAAAAAUUGCUAGGUUGAGGCCUAGGCACGAAAGACAGAUAGGAGUCUUUUUUUUGUUUGUUCUAGUGUUCCUGUCUUCGCUUAUUGUUUAUUUGCUUGUGUUAUGAGGUGCGACGUAUGUGUCACAUUGUACGUCAGUGCUAAGUUAGUGACAUGUACAGAAUAAACGUUUUUUUAAAUAUAAGCCAGGUUGAAAGAGGAGUCCGAAAAGAUGAAAUUGCAUACAUUUCUGGGACUAGCAAUGUAGUAAUAUGGCUGUCUGUGAUGGAUGCGAAGGGAUUUAUAUAUUAUGAUUAAUUCAGAAGUUUAUGGCACCAUUGCCGGUACUUCAGGCCGUGCUGAAAUGUAUAAAAACUCGCUUUUUCGCGUGAUUUUGUACUUUUUGGUUUUUUUAAGCAGACUGUUAUUGGAGAAUGUUUCACCAUUCAUGCAUAGAGUGAUCCUUGUAAAUGUUUUGACUUUUUAAGCUUUGCAUCCUAAUGUCAGUGCACAAUCUUGACAGAAACAAUGGUUCUGCUUUUGCCAUCAAUUGUCCUCAUAGCUGUCAUUCUGCUAAUUUUUUUGUCCCCUAAUGUAAUAUUUUAAGAGUUGAAUAUGUUUACAUGUUUGGAAAGAGAUGAGAGAGUUGGAAAUAAGACACUGUUUAAGUAGUGUAUGAGUAUGAGAAUUGUACAAACUUAAUACUUUUACAGAAAAUUGUGGUCACUGACUUGCCUUUGAAAUUACUCUGGUGUUUGCCAGGAUAAAGUGACAGACUGGUUUUUAGAUAUAUUUGUUAAAAAAAACUUUUUUAACAAGAUGUUUAAAGCUGCAUUUCUCUGAGACAAAUUCACCUGCUCAUGCUGUUCACAGGGCAUUUUUCAAAAUUAUGUGGAAACAGCAGGUCUGGAGAGGUAAAAGGUUUUUUGAUUGUCCUUUCUGAAAAUACCAUGUGCACAUGUUUUUUUUAUGAUUCCUUUGCAUAAUUAAUACUCUUUAUAAUUCACCUAUGUCAAUCCUACCUCUUCUAUACUCAUGCAGCAUUUGUUUUGUUUUUUGUUUUUUUUAAUAUGGCAAGUCAUAUAGAGGUAUUUUCCGAUUGAUUGUUCUAGGUCUUGGUCAGGCUCGAUCCUUGCAGGCUUUGCCAUACCCUUUUAGAUUUAGAUCUAGUGGCGUGAAGGUAAACAGAGGUGAGCAAAAUCGAAUUUUCCAAGUUACAGUGAUUUGUAGUUCAACAUGUUUGCCUUAUACACUGGUUGUACUCUGACAGGGAUUUGUGUACAUGUUUAUUCUAAUGCAUAAUAAAAAAUAAUUCAUCAGGUUCUUUGUAAGUAGUGUAAAUACUGACACAGUAUGUCUUGAGAUCAAGACCUUGAUUACAGCAAUACUACGCAUUUCCCCGAGGUAUGUGUGUUUGACGUGGUUGCAUAUCCUGUCUGUCCCGAAUGGAGAUUAGAUCAGGACAGAAUAUUUGAUUGAUUAGCUCACGUUUGGAGAGAGA